CACAAACCUCGCUGAGCUGAAGAGCUGCCAGGAAUAUAUGGCACCCAUGAAUACUUUACAAAAAAGCAUGAUUACAUCAGUGCUUGGUUACAGUUGCACUGCAUGAGAACCACUGAAACUCUAGCCUAGUGUAAAGCACAGUGAAAUCAUGGUACAAGCACAACAAAGUACAGUAAAGCCUAGCAAAGCACAGUGAAACGAGAAUGCCGACGACUCUGAUGUUGGUCAAACCCGUGUUCCAUGUGAAACCCUGACUGGUACAGCAGGAAUGCUGCAACGUGCUACAGCUCUUUGCAAAGUGGCAGAGUAAAUUGUACUGCACCAGUACUAACCUGCCCAGCUUCAACAAUUUCAAACACAUGCCAGGGCCAGAAUGGGUCUAAAAACCACACCUUUCCAGCUGCAUUGUCUUCAGGGAUAUAGAAAUUUCACUGGAUCCAAGCAAACACCUACAUGCUGAAAAGGGCAGGUUUACAUUUGACUUGCUUUGAUUUUCAGGUAUGACAACUUUGAUGGUCUACAUGGGAUUGUUUACUCAAGUCACGAGUCUGCCUCAAUUACACUGUAUACCCAUCCUACUGCAGGAGUCUCAAAACACGAGUCAGCCUCAAUUACACUGUAUACCCAUCCUACUGCAGGAGCUAAACACGAGUCAGCCUCAAUUACACUGUAGACCCAUCAUACUGCAGGAGUCUCAAAACACGAGUCAGCCUCAAUUACACUGUAUACCCAUCCUACUGCAGGAGCUAAACACGAGUCAGCCUCAAUUACACUGUAUACCCAUCCUACUGCAGGAGUCUCAAAACACGAGUCAGCCUCAAUUACACUGUAUACCCAUCCUACUGCAGGAGCAAAACACGAGUCAGCCUCAAUUACACUGUAUACCCAUCCUACUGCAGGAGCAAAACACGAGUCAGCCUCAAUUACACUGUAUACCCAUCCUACUGCAGGAGCAAAACACGAGUCAGCCUCAAUUACACUGUAUACCCAUCCUACUGCAGGAGCAAAACACGAGUCAGCCUCAAUUACACUGUAUACCCAUCCUACUGCAGGAGCAAAACACGAGUCAGCCUCAAUUACACUGUAUACCCAUCCUACUGCAGGAGCAAAACACGAGUCAGCCUCAAUUACACUGUAUACCCAUCCUACUGCAGGAGCAAAACACGAGUCAGCCUCAAUUACACUGUAUACCCAUCCUACUGCAGGAGCAAAACACGAGUCAGCCUCAAUUACACUGUAUACCCAUCCUACUGCAGGAGCAAAACACGAGUCAGCCUCAGCUACACUGUAUACCCAUCCUACUGCAGGAGCAAAACACGAGUCAGCCCCAAUUACACUGUAUACCCAUCCUACUGCAGGAGCUAAACACGAGUCAGCCUCAAUUACACUGUAUACCCAUCCUACUGCAGGAGCAAAACACGAGUCAGCCUCAAUUACACUGUAUACCCAUCCUACUGCAGGAGCAAAACACGAGUCAGCCUCAAUUACACUGCAUACCCAUCCUACUGCAGGAGCAAAACACGAGUCAGCCCCAAUUACACUGUAUACCCAUCCUACUGCAGGAGCAAAACACGAGUCAGCCUCAGUUACACUGUAUACCCAUCCUACUGCAGGAGCAAAACACGAGUCAGCCUCAAUUACACUGUAUACCCAUCCUACUGCAGGAGCAAAACAUGAGUCAGCCUCAAUUACACUGUAUACCCAUCCUACUGCAGGAGCAAAACACGAGUCAGCCUCAGUUACACUGUAUACCCAUCCUACUGCAGGAGCAAAACAUGAGUCAGCCUCAAUUACACUGUAUACCCAUCCUACUGCAGGAGCAAAACACGAGUCAGCCUCAGUUACACUGUAUACCCAUCCUACUGCAGGAGUCUGAAAACACGAGUCAGCCUCAAUUACACUGUAUACAGCAGCUUGAGACAAAUGCUACCUAUAUUAAGUUUGUUCAAUUGUAAGAAAUAUCUGCCCUGCUUCUGAAAUGCCCUUGCUACAUAGAUUCCAGAGCAGGCACUGGGCUUGCUGUGUGGAAAGGAAACUUUGAGGUUGUUCACAUGACAGUAUGCAAGAUGGCAUUAUACGAGCGUACUAUAGUAAGAGAAGCUGGGAACCCAAUGGAGUUACUCCUUUAAUACAGAAGUCAGCCGGACCAUUCCAGCAGCCACAUUGUGCUGGCAGUGCAGUUUUUCUAAUUCAUUAAUAAAAGGGCAAAGUCUGUAAAAGGGCAUGACUGUGUAACUAUUUACCACACUUAUUGAGGAAAGGGUUUUUUGCUUAUUCAUGCAGCAACAAUAAGCACAUGGUUUGCAUUUCAAAGUGUUGCAUGGCUGGCCCUGUUGUAAUGUACUCAAACAGUACAUCCAUUCUUCAUCAGUGUAAAGAUCAUGCAAUAGAAGCUGCAUCAUUCAGAUUCAGUGGGAAGUAUCUCUGCUAUUGAUCUAGGACUGUGUAAGACAGUGCUGGAGGCUCAUUCUAAUCAAAGAAUAACAGUUGCAAUCACACAAAGAGAACUAUUUUAGGGUUUGGAAGAGGCUGGAUUGGUUCGAAGAAACUAGAAGAGGUGGAAGAAAGACCAGGAGUGGAAGAGCCCACUCUCUUGUAAAAGGGAGGAAACCACAAUCCCUGCAAAAUCAAAACCACUUGGCGUGUCCAGUAGUAAGUAGGGUCAGCACCUUGCUGCCGUUAAUUGAUCAGUUAACACAUUAAAAACACACCUGCACGUCAAGACAUUGAGGUAAAGCAGUUAUAUUUCCAGGAACGACGGAGCUGAAUGGACGUCUCUCUCAGAGUUCACAUGCAAGACCAGGACUUUCUGUGGUGUCAGCAACUAAACUGAACUCCACCCCUGGGCAGCAGUGGGGUUAAAGGGUUUCAAGAAUCUGGAACUUGUUAUAUAUUUUUUCUUGUUAUAAGGUGGGUAUGCUGACAUGUUUUCGCAUUGAUCAGUACAACAUACAGUAAAUGUGCUUUAUUUGCAGUACAGGGACCAGCUCUUACUGGGCAGUAGAACACAUUUCUCUCCAAUACAGGUGUAUGGGCAGCUCUUACUGGGCAGUAGAUCACAUUUCUCUCUAAUACAGGUGUAUGGCACCUUAAAGCAGCCUCUGCCCAGUUGGUAACCCAUUCAGGUUGCAUGGAACACUUCUGUAUUUAAAAAAAAAUAAAAAAAACAGCAACAUUUUGAACGCUGCCACUCAGCAGUAAAAAUAAAUAAAUAAAAAGAAUGCUUUGGUUGCAUCACUAUACAAUUCCCAGAAGUGAAGAAACAUCAAAUCAGUCAGGGUUAGCAUUUUCAAAAAUUUUAUGAAAAAGGGUUCCUGUAAAAAGGAAAGGAGGGGGGGGGGGGUUCAUCCGAAAGACUUGGUUCAACUGUGAAAGCUCACGUAUAAAAUCAUUUCAAACCAAGUGUAUCGAACAAGUCAUUUCAUGGAAUGCAUACAUCAUACCUGGAUCAGACACGCAGGUACUGAACAGUGAAGAGCUCCAUACACAAGCUAGUGAACUACAUAAUGAAACCCUUAGUAGGGCAAUGAAUGAACCUGUCAAUAAACAAUGCAACACAAAUACAUACAGAACUGCAACCAUAUUCGUGAUAUGGCCAAACUCUAUAAAAUGUCCAGUGUACCAUUCAUUUCAAAACUGAAACAAAAAACCUUGAUGAGAGCAAACAGCAGCAACUUCCCCUCUGAAAAGAGCUGUUUAACUGGAGAGGAACAGAAAGGACUGCAGCGCUGGCAUCACAAGCAAACGUAACAAGUCUCUCAUGUACAGCUCACGGUUCUGAGGUCAUGUACGAGGUUCUUUUCAAAGUGGCUUGCUGGGGAUAUUACAAACAUUGUGUUAAGUCUUUAAAUAAAAAAAUAAAAAAAUAAAAAAAAAA